CUCUCUCUCCACUGCUCUCUCUCCCACGAUUGAUUCUUCCUUUUCCGCCGUGAGAACCAAAAAGGGCAGAAAUCGAAUCUUCUAGUUUCCGAUUAAAAGCAAAGUGUUGAUCGAAGCGAGUUUCUGGAGAUCUUGAAAUCACCAAUACAGGCAGAGAGAAGGCGGGAGGAAUAUGGAGGAAUGACGGCGGUCGGAGAUGGCGAGGGGAGGAGGAGAAUGGACCGGAGGGAUCACCGGAGGCGGAGUUCUCUCCUACAAAAGAAUUACUCUACUCGUUUGCUUUUUCAACAUUCUUAUCGCUCUCUUUGUUCUUCGCUUUCUCUAUGCCUCUUCUCUCCACAUCUAUUCCAAUAACGACAACGUUGUUGAGUACACAGCAGCUGAGAUUAGGAAAAUGGAGGAAUCUAUUCGGAUUCGAAGAUCGAAAGAACCUGCUCAGCUUGUUAAAUUGGUGAGGAAGCUGAAACAUGAUGUCGCCACUGCAGAGUCGAAUACUGAGCUCUCUCCUGAUGUAAAACACAAACUAGUUGAUGAGAUCUUGCAGCGUUUAAAAAUAUUAGAGGACAAGUCCAAUGUUACCCAGCUCAGAGAAGCUGUAGAAACGUGGCGCACUGAGAAGCUGAAGGAAGCUAAAGAGCUGAUUCAAGAACAAAAUGGGGUAAAUUCCACCAUGAUACUGGAGGAAGCAGGGAUGCUGGUAAGAGCUUUGGAGUUGGAGUGGGAUGUGCUGUCUGAAGAGAUUGGGUUUUGGUUACCUGCUGAGGUUAACAAUGAAGAACACGAUGAUAAACCUGAAGGAGAGGAAGAGCCUGAGGAGAUAUUAGCAGGCAGACCAGUGCCAGCUGUGUGUAAUGUAGAGCUUCACACAGAUUAUGGUGGUGCUGCUGUGAGAUGGGGACUUACGCAUCAUAAAGAGAGUGCAGCAGAUUGUUGCCAAGCUUGCUUAGACCAGGCAAAGCGCGCUAAACCUGGAGAAACGAGAUGCAACAUUUGGGUUUACUGCCCAUCUGAGUUUGGUUGCUAUUCUCCAGAUAUUUAUGAGCAUAAACAUCAGGAGUGUUGGCUUAAAUACGCAGAGAAGCCACAACAGAAUUUCAAAGACAGAUAUUCAGAGUCAUACAGAAACAACCACCCAAAAGCGCCUACCAUCGUUCCAUGGGUUUCAGGCGUUAUAACGGCUUGAAGAAAAACCCAUGUGGACAGAUUGAUUGGGACAAUAGGAGAGAGAUAGUUUUGGUUUCCUCAGUUGUGUUACCAUAUUUUUUUAAGAGUCUUGACACUGAAGUACCGUACCAAGAUGCUAACAUCUUUGGCCGGUUUGUAUACGAGAAUAGAAUGUUUUGUUUUGUUUUGUUUUAUUUGUUUGUUGUCUUUGAAGCGACAAGUGUCUAAAGAAUCAUGUUUUUGUCCAAGCUUGAUGUAAACUGUACUUUUUA